CUAAGCCAGAGGUUAACGAAGGGAAGCUGGAGCAAACAACGGAAGCCGUCGGUCUACGUUCCGCAUCGCAGAGACCUAGUACCGCCUGCUCCGUUCUCCUUUACCGCUGAGCCGUUCUCGUGCGCCUUCUCUCACGCACGCCAGCACAUCGCAUCCUCCCCUCGCGAUCAAAGUGAAAUCCUGCACACCACUACACACCGUCAUUCCACAAGCCAAGCCGCACAUUGCAUCAGUAGUAAUCAUGGCGUGCACAACGGCACUCACGCACUCCCUCGCGUCGGUUCCCCGCGCCGUUGCCGCGACUCCCGCCGCUGCCAAGCCGAAGCCUUCCCCGCUUCUCGCGGGCAGCGCGGGCCUCCGCUCGUCCCGCGGCGCGAUCUCCUCGGCGGCUGUCAGCGUCGCCAAUGCGGCGCCGUUGACACUAUCGGGUGGCGCUUCCGGGCCGCCGCGCGUGACUAUGGCGAGCGCUUACAUCUGCCGGGACUGCGGGUACAUCUACAACUCGCGGACGCCCUUCGAGAAGCUUCCAGACACCUACCGAUGCCCAGUGUGCUCCGCGCCCAAGCGCCGCUUCAAGCCGUACACUGCGCCCGUUUCGCGGAACGCCAACGACCUGGACGUGCGCAAGGCGCGCAAGGCGCAGCUCAAGGGCGGCGGGGACAGCGGCGCGUCCCUCCCUGUUCUGGUGGCCGGCAUCCUCGCGGCUCUCCUUGGUGUGGCAGUCUACCUCAAUUCAGCUUAUUAAAAACAAAUGAGGAUGCUUAUGGGUCUGCUGGUCAUGCUUAUUCCCGGUUAUUUGAAUUUUUGAUAUUUUGUAACUGACCUACCUGGAAGUUGGUCGACACAAGGUACCGGUAUGCCCUAAAAACCACUCCGAUGUACAAACUUUCAGGCAUUUUCGGCCUAACUUCUUUGGGCCAAGUUGCCACACAACCCAAAAAGUCAUUUGACGAGGUUCUUUGAAAACAGCGCCAUUU